UCGACUGGCAUGGGACGGGUUAACUUUUUCCAACCAUUCGAGGGAGGGUUUUAGGUAAAGGAGGCAGGACUGUAACCGGAAGUAUGUCGAGACUGCUCUCCCUGUCAAUUCGAUACGGUAGAUAUCUGUGAGGAGAAGGACGGCAGAGGCGAAGGAACACAGCUCUGUCAGCUGGUAAAAGGAAAGAAGAAGCUGCAGUGUUAUACUAAAACAAUGAAACCAUCGGACAAGCCUAUUGAAAGGAACUAGUUUCAUGUCUAGUUUUAUUUUUUAAUGAAUUAAAUGACGUAGCUAAUAUUCUUUUGAUCAAAUUUAUGAUUAGUGGCUGCCAGUGAAAGAGGGCUGUGUCAUUGAGAAGGCAGGACACGUCAGGAGCAGAGAGAAAACGCUGGGAAGCUACACAUUAUAUUACAGCUAACUCAUCCUGCAUAGCUAGGUCGCUAGCUACUAAAAGCAUAAAAUCAUAUCAUCCAUACCGGCUUCGUCGUAGUUAACAGUGUGGUCAAGCUGGAACGGAUAUCGUCAGCCAACGCUUGGAUCAAGGGUAACGUUAGCCCCUAAAAGGACCUAAAGGCAACGGGAUCGAAUAUUGUGUGGGGGAUAAUCGAACUGCACCAGAUAAAUGGGGGAUUACGGGUUUGGAGUCCUAGUGCAAAACAACACUGGUAACAAGUCUGCUUUCCCAGUAAGAAUUCACCCACAUCUCCAGCCUCCUCAUCACCACCAAAACACCACUCCCAGCCCUGCCACCUACACGAGUAGUAACACUGCAGGGAAUGGCAACAGUAGCGGGUCUCCCUGGCUCUUCCCCGCCACCAAUGCUCACAGCAGCAUGCAAGAUGAAAUUCUUGGCUCUGAGAAGGCCAAAAUACAGCAACAGGAAAUUCAAGAAACACAAGAGAAGCAGCAAUCACAGUUGUCCCCAGCCUCCCAAGAAAGUGGGAUCAUAUCAGAAAUGGACAAGGCUCGAUCUGAGGAGGGCAAGGGUGAAGGCAACCCCUCGGAUGUCAGCAAUGGCAAGGAGAAACUGCGUCUUGAGUCUCCUGUGCUGACGGCCUUUGACUACCAAGAGGCCCAAGGCCUGGGUACGGCUGCCCAGUCCAGUUCUUCCUCCUCCUCCCUGACCAGCUUCAACAACUGGUCUGCUGCUAUUCCCCCGACCCCAGCUUCCACCAUUAUCAACGAGGACAUUGGCUUCUUCAACCCGGCUGCCUCCGCCAACAGCGGGCCGCUUCUGUUCCAAAACUUCUCGCACCACGUGAGCCCGGGCUUCGGAGGCAACUUCUCACCCCAGAUCGGCCCCAUCUCGCAGCACCACCCCCCACACCCCCACUUCCAGCACCCACACAGCCAAGCGCAUCCCCAGCAGCACCGCCGCUCCCCGGCCAGUCCACACCCGCCCCCGCCCUUCCCCCACCGGAGUGCGGCAGCCGCCUUCAGCCAGCUGCCGCAUCUGUCUAACAACCUGAGCAAGCCCCCGUCUCCAUGGGGCAGCUACCAGAGCCCCUCGCCCUCGCCCUCCUCCACCUCCUGGAGCCCCGGUGGGGGUUAUGGAGGCUGGGGGGGUUCCCAGAGCCGGGACUACCGCAGGGGCAUGAACGGUGGCGUGCCUCCCCUCAACUCAAUCUCCCCCCUGAAGAAGACCUUUCCCAACAACCACGUUGUGCCCUCGCAGAAGUACUCCCGUGCCAGCCCUGGCUUCAACCCCAAGUCCUGGAUUGAUGAGAGCGUAAGCCGGAGUGAGAACAUCUUCCCCUUCCAGGAGCGCACUCGUUCAUUUGAUGGCUUCAACAUGCAUUCGCUGGAGAGCUCCCUCAUCGACAUCAUGAGGGCUGAACAGGACACCCUUAAAGGCCGGCUUGGAUUCACACACCCUGCUGGAGACAGUCCUUUGCCCAUAAAUGCAAGGAAUUAUGGGAGGAGACGAGGCCACUCGUCCCUGUUUCCCAUGGAGGACGGCUUUGGGGAGGACGAGCGAGCAGAGCAGAGCCUUCCCGGCCUGGGCUCCCCACACUGCUUCCCCCACCAGAAUGGGGAGAGGGUGGAGCGCUACUCGCGCAAGGUGUUUGUGGGCGGCCUGCCUCCAGACAUAGAUGAAGAUGAGAUCACAGCAAGUUUCCGUCGUUUUGGACACCUCUUUGUGGACUGGCCUCAUAAGGCUGAGAGCAAGUCCUACUUUCCUCCCAAAGGAUAUGCCUUCCUGCUGUUCCAGGACGAGAGCUCUGUACAGGCCCUGAUUGAUGCCUGCAUUGAAGAGGACGGCAAACUUUACCUCUGCGUGUCCAGCCCCACCAUUAAGGACAAACCAGUUCAGAUCCGACCCUGGAACCUGAACGACAGUGACUUCGUCAUGGACGGCUCUCAGCCUCUGGAUCCCCGCAAAACCAUCUUUGUCGGUGGAGUGCCCCGCCCUCUCCGUGCAGUGGAGUUGGCUAUGAUCAUGGACAGGCUGUAUGGUGGCGUGUGCUAUGCAGGCAUUGACACCGACCCCGAGCUCAAGUACCCCAAAGGAGCAGGGCGGGUCGCCUUCUCUAAUCAGCAGAGCUACAUAGCAGCUAUCAGCGCUCGCUUUGUGCAGCUGCAGCAUGGGGAGAUCGAUAAACGGGUGGAAGUAAAGCCAUAUGUGCUGGACGACCAGCUGUGUGACGAGUGCCAGGGCACGCGCUGCGGGGGCAAGUUCGCCCCCUUCUUCUGCGCCAACGUCACCUGCCUCCAGUACUACUGCGAGUACUGCUGGGCUGCCAUCCACUCGCGCGCCGGCCGAGAGUUCCACAAGCCCCUGGUCAAGGAGGGCGGAGACCGGCCUCGCCACAUCUCCUUCCGCUGGAAUUAGAAGGCAGGAGAGAAAUGACAAAAAGAGCGAGAUGUUAAGAAGAGGGAGAGGGAGAGAGAGGGAGGAAAAGACUGAGGGAGGAGAGGUAUGAGGGAGGAGUGACGAGGAAGAGAGAGGAGGUUAGGCAGAGGAGGAGUCGCAGAAACAUUGUAUAAAUAAAUGCACUUUUCUGUUGCUGGUUCCUUUGGUUUAAUUUAAAGAUUUAAUUUGUAACUUUAAUAUAUAUUUUAAACGUUGAACCUUUGAAAAGAGGAAAAAAAAUGGAUUUUAUUGAGAAUUGAAAGAAAAAUGUAUGUACAAAAAAAAACUCAUUUCUCUAUUUUUUCCAUUAGAAUUUAUUUUUCUGGUUACUUUAGUGCACAUUGAGUUGUAAAUGUAUUAUUAUUAUUAUUAUAAAUCCUCUCUAAAGUAUGAUAGUCUUAAACAAUUGGCUUGACCCACUUUGUUAAAAAUCAGUUUAGACUCGCAGUGUCUCAGAGCCAACAUGGCUGCGUGGAAGGUGCACUUAUUUGCUUACCAUUGAGUGCAAAUAUGACGUUAAUCCUCAGAUUUAAACCAAAGCGCAAUCACUUUUGGUUUCUGUUGAAAAGAAAAGCAAAGAAAGGAAAAAGAGACAAAAUUCAAAUUUCAGACUUCCGAUUCGCAGAUUCUCGACGAUCAAACGAUCAGAACAUUUGCUCAUUGAAAGGCCACGCUAAUUUCUUCUAUGCUACUUGACAUGAGUGAUUCCCCCCCCUCCCCCCCCCCUCCCCACAGACAGGUGUUGGGGUGAGUUUUGAUCUCCACUUUUGACAUGCAAAAACUAAUACCUCAAACUUAGCUGCUAAUGUUAUGAGUAACGUGUAGAGCCCCAGCCAGUCUCCUGCUCCUCUCUCUGUCCCCUUGACAACGCUACCACCGCCGCCAAGGGAAAGGACAUCGGCAAAGGCACUUUGAUUCCCUAAAACACUGCUUUGUCAAUUUCCUGUGAUUUUAUUUUGUUUCCUCUUUUGUCUGUGUUUUAAGCCCAGCUGAAUUAGGAAAAGCCUAAAAGAAGAGAGGAGUAGGGUGAUGCUUUUUGGGGAAUGUACAGUCUAGCCGUGCAGUGAUGUUGGGGUGAGACACACUCAUAAAUAUCUAUAUCUAUAUAUAUAUAUAUAUAUAUAAAAUACCUGAUAUACAUAUGUGCCAGGUAUACCAUACCGUACAUAUACCUGAUUUUCCUUGACGUGAGGCAACAGUUUCUUUCCUUGUCCUCUUUUUUUUUUUUUUUUAACCCUGAAGAGCAACUAUACUACCCAGUCUCCACCAUAUCUGAUGCAAGUUUCCGACCCAAACCGAGAGCAGAUUAAAGGAUAAGUUGAUAAGUUACAGUGACUGAGAGGAUGAGAGAGAAGGCACACUGGGGAGAAGAGGGCGUGUUUUUGGGGGAGGGGGGAGGGGGGUCUGCAGACUUAAACGUAGCUGAAGUAGCUCCCUUCUGGGGAUUUCGUCUCCAUCUAUUCACCUCUCUCUCUCACUCCCUCUCUCUCUCACUCCCUCUCUUUGUGAAGCAGAGCAACAGAGACCAGACCCCAACCAAAGAGAGCAGUCCAAAAGCCAGGGAGACUUUGUAUUUUUUUAUUUUUUUUUCUUCCCUUCUUUCUUUCAUCUGUCUGUCCUUUUUACAUUUUGUCUUUUGUCAGUCUUUCAUUCUGUUCCAACUUCCUCUAAAACAAUCUCUUAAAUUUGAGUGAGACCCUACUUUCUUGGUACCCCCUCUCUGCGUGAGAACCUUAAGGAGUCCAGCAAACCAAAGAUUGGCCUUGAAUUGAUAAAUGGUGUCAAGUCAAAAUCCUUGGCAACACUAGUGAAAACAACCAAACCCACCCUGCAGCCUGGCUCACUGGCCUUUUUACCCCCUCUCCCCCCCUCUUUCCAAAGGUCAAAAUGGAGAGAUGAGUUGCUUAAGCAGUCUUGUGUUGAGGAGUUUGCAAUAGGUGUCUGAUUUUGAACAGGUUGUCUUUUUUUUUUUUUUUUUUAAGUUGGUUUAUUUUAUUUUUGUUGCUGUAUUGUUUGGAAGUUAAAACACAAAGAAACAACAAACAGGAUAUAUAAUUGGCAUAGAAAUCACAGGCUUACCUUAUCUGAAUCUGCUAGCUUGUAAAUGUCAGGGAGUUAAUGCUGAACUAUAACUUGAUACACUAGUGAGAAACUUAUCCUCGUGUUGGCUGGGUGGUGCUUCUCUGCGCUUAUUCAAAGUCAUCACUAUAGCUCGGGGGUGAGGGGUGAACACUUUUAGAAGUUUAAAACACUUUUUGAAGAAUUUGCUGUUGAUGAGAUGAUGAAAAGAUUAUUUUAUACAUGGCCUGCUGAUUUUUGGUACAAUGUUUUCUAGCUAAAUUAUUUUGUCAUGCACAUAGAAACAUUUAUUAUGCACUACUUUUCUAAAUAUUUCUUUUUUCCAACAGUCAUUUUAGGCACAUUUUUCACGAAUGGGAAAACUCCUUUUUGCAAUACCUCAAUUUUUCACAUUGUGAAAGGUAGCUUUUAUACUUUUGUUACUGAGAGAACUGCAUAUAUGGAAAUUUUCAUUUUAAAGAAAAAAAAAGUUAAGUGAUUUUAAUAUAUAUCAUUUUAAAUUAUGCUUUUUAUACAUUUCAGUGCUGCGGAAACUAUAAAACAAAGUGUGCACUUGUGUUGAUGCGACUUCUGCAGAGGGAGCAAAGUGUAUAGCUUAAGGUCUUGGAUCUUGUACACUAGUUGUUUUGAACAGGAAAAAAUAUAAUAAAUUGGGGAAAACAUAGCAGACACAACAGCAUGGCGCGAACACUUCGUCUUUUAAAAACAAAUGUCAUUGUUUUGGGUAAAAAUGGCAGACCUAGAGGGUAAAAAUGGUAACUUCUCUUUUUUCUUGCGUUUCCAUAGCUGGAAUUUAACUAUUAUAAGGAGAAUGCAAAAUUGAUUCAUGUUAAAGCUGACUCUCGUAUCAAAAGAAUGGAUGUUUGGUGUUUAGAUAUUUUAACAUUUGAAAAUAUAUAUUCUUGAACUGCCAACUAGCUCCUAUUGUAAUCCUUAGCAUGCAUGGAAGAAAAAAAAAAAGAUAAACAAGUACAAUUAGCUAUUGAAAUUAAUUGUUGUGGUUGUGCACCAGAUGUUUAAAGUUUAAUUUGUUAAGGACACCCCACACCCUUUCAUAUGUCAAUCUGUACUUCCUGGUCCCCACCCCCCCGCUCCCCCAUCCAGGCCUCUGCAGAAUCCUCAAAGAAUUACAAAGAUUCAAAAAAAAAAAAAAAAAAUCAAAUGAAAUUAGCAGUGUUGUAACGUACAAAAAUACACUGUUAAAAACAUUAGACUCAUCCCUGCUAUCUGUUUUUAAGUGAGUAAACAUUUUCUUUCUUUUUUCUUUCUUCAUUUUUCUUUGUCUUUGCGGAAGGGGAACUUUAAGACUUGAAUGUGGUAGAUGUUGCAAGUUAACUUCGAGUUGUUAUGUGCAAUACUUUUUUUUUUUUUUUUUUUUUUUUUUUUUUUUUUUUAAACUUUUUUCCAGAUAAAGACUCUUUGCAAUGUAAUUCUUUAAUGCCAUUUUUAAUUGCAAACAUUUAAAAAAGGAUGUUAAUGUUUUUCACAGUCAUUUUCUACUGUUAUUGUAAUCCUUUACAUGCUGGUGUUUGUAAAAAGAAAAAAAACAAGACUAUUUGUACUAAUAUAAAUAAUUGAAGUUAUUUUUAAAACAUUAAAGUUUUUGUGCUCAUUUGCUUAUUUUGAUUAUUUCAAGCUACUGUGAUUGCAUUGUAAUUAUUAGGUCAAUAAUGUAUUUAGCUGUUUAUUGGUAUAUUUUUAAUUGGAAUGUAUAAUUAAUUUUUAUAAUUUUGAUCAGAUUUUUGUUAUAUUUUUGAGGUGAAGCUUUUAAUAUGUUAAAGUGUCUAGUUUCUACUAAUUGCUAUAUUGUGCUCCACAAUAUAUGGUUCACAUUUUCUGAAGGAGAAUAAAUAUUUAAAUAUUUGUCUGUUAAUGAUGUUACUUAAUGGCAAAAUUUCAAUAGUUUUUGUGUAUGAGAAGGUUGUUGUAUUUAUUAAUAGCAUUUUUUACUUAAGAUAUCACCUUAAUUUUUAUUGUCAUUUCACUUUAUAAGUUCCUAUUUUUGUAUUUUUCUUUCUAAUUAAGUUAUGUAAUACAAAUGUCCAUAUUCUAGGAGUUGGUCUGUAGAAGUGCUAGUGUAACAAAAAGAAAAAUCUAAUGUUAUUUAAUUGUUUGCAGCCAACUAUUUAUAACAAUAUGCAUAAUUUUUAAAUAUUUGUAAUGUGAAAUGUUGAAUGAAUAAAACCUAACUGUGAUGAGA